AUGGCCGUCAUUUCGGACGCCGCCAUGAACGAGCCGAGCAUCUCGGGCGUCUCCCAUCAUCAGAAUUAUCGAUUGCUGAGUGCACAGGGUGAUGUCCCCCUCCUCGCCCCUGGCAGUCAAGCAGAAGUCCCCCACUUCCUCCUGGACGAAGAUUGGCAUUGGGUGGAUGACAAGCGAAACGGCGAUGUCGAGGUGUCUCGCGAUCAGGUCGUCUUCCACCCCACCUAUGCCUACGGUACCUCCGGCGUUCGGGGCAAUAAGAAAUUGAUAAGAGGAUGUGUGGCAUACUGGGAGAUAAUCGUCGCCGGGAAGCUGUACGGCACCUCCGUCAUGUUCGGCAUCGGUACUUCGAAGGUCAAGACGAAACUUGAGUGGAUGUUUGCGGAUUUGUUGGGAUCGGACACCGAGUCGUACGGACUCAACCACCAGGCCAUUGCCCAGCAUAAUGGGCUGAUGGUCAGGGCGGCCAGGACACCCAUGCCAGAGGACAAUUGCGUAGUCGGUAUGUUAUUCGACGGCCGUGAGGGGACCCUCUCGUAUUUUGUGAACGGGCAAUUCCUGUGUACACCAUUUACCUGUAUCGACAUGACGAAGGAGUACUAUCCAAUGAUCUCCAGCACCGCGCAGCAAUCGAGGUUUAUCGUCCAGGCCCAAAAAUCGUUGUAUCCGAUCGACACGCUGGAGGUGAUGGCGACAAAGAGGGUCUCCCAUCUCCUCCUCGACGACUCGGCCGACAAUCUACCCCUUCCCACCGCCCAGAAACACGCCGUCGACGCCGCGAAGCAACGCCGUGACGAAUUGCGUGCCCAGGGCCAACAUCUGGCCCAAUGGACGGCGCAUCGUCUCGUACUUCCCGACGACGUCUUCAGGACUGUGCUGGAAAAAGACCAGGCCUGCCAAGCAGAUGCUGACUGCACUGCCCCGUUCGCGCGAUGUGUUGAGAUCGACACUGCAAAUCGGACGGCCAUGAUGUGUGUUAGUAAAACCGAGACAUGGUUCUACCCGGCGCCGUUUUGCCCGGAAAACCGAUGCGCCGACGGGCUGAGCUGCUACCCGUUGGCUGGCUCGGACAAAAAAUUGUGCGGGUCUACGGCAAAUUACAAAAAAGUCAGAGCGGCCUAUCAUCCGUGUAAUUUGGCGGCCGAUUGCGGGGCCGGGUUCACGUGCGCUCGGCUGCUUGGCACGCAAGUUAUGGGAUGUGCGCCGAUGGGCAGGAAAUCGAUCGCCUUCUUCAACUGCCCAACUUGCCGUGACAAACCAAUGAACGAACCGGAA